CGACGGACGGAUUCCACUGACGCAGAAACGCAUCCGUGUGCUUCGUGCUUCUAGCCCGGCGUGACGCGCCGAAUGCAGACGCCCGUGCCGAGUUUACUGCUCCGCCAUAGCCGGAUAGAAGAGAGCUGUCAGGCUUAGGCUUGCAUAGGCUGGGCGCUGGCAUACAUACAGGAAGGAGUGGUGUUAUUUGAAGCAGGUGAUUAUCACCGGCAACCUGGUGUGCGUGCUGCAGGGUCCGGCCAUAGCCGGGUUGAAGACGGGUGCAGGCAAACAGGUAGGCGGCGACGCCCCGAGUUUACUUUGAGGGUGUAGUACAGCCCAACAACAGAGAGAGAAGCGAUUCUUGAGUCUGGCAAGUCGAACACUCGUCUAGUUGUGCCCUCGACGCGCCACACCUAGGCGCGUUGUACGCUGUUUCUCGGGUUCUAUACUGUGCCUCGGUUCUGCAAGCCCUGAUGUUCUGAUCGGUUGCUCGGGUGGUGGUCUCGAGUGGUUUGUUUGUUUGGUCGUCUCUUGGUUGAUUAGCCGGAGCUGGGGGGAAAGUAGAUGCGCGGUUUCCUGAAGGUCACAGCAAAGUUAUUUGCGCCCGUUAGGGAAGAGGAAUGUACCACACGUGGCGGGAGGGAGGCGGGCUUUAGGCAAGGGUGGUUACGAUGAUGAUGUAGCUGGGGGAGGUUAGGAGAGGAGGAGGAGGAGGAGGAGGAGGAGGAGGAGGAGGAGGAGGAGGGUUGUAAAACCUUUUGGAUAGCUGCAGGUGAAGGUGUAACAGCAGAAGGCGGGACGGGAGACGUCCGCGCGCGACUCUCUCUCUCUGUCCCGGGCUGCGCGAGGGGAAAGUGAAAUCUCGUGAUGGGCGUUACGGUGCACGUCAAGUGCUCCAACGGAGCCAAAUUCACCGUCGAUGUUGAUCUGAAUUCUACGGUCAAAGACCUCAAGACAGACCUCGCAGGCAAAUCCGAAAUCCCUGUCGAGCAACAACGGCUCAUCUACAAAGGUCGGGUACUUAAGGACGACAAUUCCCUGAGUAGCUAUGGGUUGGAGGCGGAGCACACCAUCCAUCUAGUCCGGGGAGCGGCCGCAACGGCGGCAUCGGCUGGAGCGGUUGGCACGGGAAGGGGAGACGCACGUCUAGCUGGAGCUGCCACGCCAGCAUCCGCCCCCGCUGGUACUCCGGAUUUGGAUGGAGGACUUGGGGGGUUUGGGGGACUGGGGGGCUUGGGGGGUUUCGGUGCGGGACUGGGAGGAAUCCCUCCUGACAUGCACCAAAUGCACCAGCAGAUACUCCAGAACCCGAAUUUAAUGCGGGAUAUGAUGAAUUCACCGGCUGUGCAGAGUAUCAUGAGCAAUCCGGAUCUGAUGCGGAAUUUGAUAAUGAGUAAUCCCCACUUAAGAGAGGUGUUGGAGAGGAAUCCUGACCUGAUGCAUGUGCUCAACGACCCUGGCAUCUUAAGGCAAACGAUGAAUGCGGUGCGGAACCCGGAGUUGAUGAGGGAGAUGAUGAGAAACACGGAUAGAGCGAUGAGCAAUAUAGAAGCUCACCCGGAGGGGUUUAACAUGUUGAGGAGGAUGUACGAGACAGUGCAGGAGCCGCUGAUGAACGCGACGACACGUGGAGGGGAUGCAGGGGCGGGAGAUCUGGCGGGCAAUCCAUUUGCAGCUUUGUUCGGAGGUGUACCUGCAGCGGCGCAGGCAGGCGGGGGAACGACAGCAGGCGCCACCACUGCACCUGCUGUUCCGUCUGGACCCGCUCCCAAUACAGCCCCUCUUCCGAAUCCGUGGUCACCACAGCAAAGGACCCCUGCAGGGACGGCAUCGGCAGGGAUAACUACAGCCACGGCUGGAGGUGUCACAACUCCUGGGUCGGCCACAACUACAGCGACAAUGACCACGACUAUGGGCUCUGCUGGAGUUGGAGCAACCCCCUUUGGAUUGCUCCCAGAGAUUGGGUUGAUGGACCCUGCUACAAUGUUGCAAAUGUUGCAAAACCCUGCCAUGCAGCAGGUUCUUCAGAGCCCAGCAAUGAAUCAGAUGAUGCAAACACUGUUAUCGGACCCUUCUCUGUUAGGACAGUUAACUCCACAAAUGCGUACAAUGCUUGACAAUCCCCGCGUAAGAGAGAUGCUCCAAAGCCCAGACUUCAUUCAGCAGAUGCAGCGGAUGUUUCAAAUGCAGAGCCUCUGGGCUCCACAGCUCCAAGCACUGCAAGGCUUAGGUGGAGCCAUGGGAACACAAGGUGACUCGACCACAGCAGGAGCUCCUGCCCCUGACAUCAAUCUGAAUGCCCUUCUGUCAAUACUGGGGGGCCAGCCUGGUGGUGCGCCAGCAAGCAACAUUCCUCCCGAGCAACAGUAUGCUGCACAAUUAUCCCAGCUCGAGGACAUGGGGUUCUAUGAUUCCCAGGACAAGGCUUACAAAGCAUUGAACGCCUCAUAGCAAACAUCAUAGAACUUGCCCGAUUUUCUUUUUUUUAGUUCAUUAAUUCUUUUUCGAAAGUUUUUCUUUAGCAAUUAGUUUUCUUUUUCAUAGUUAGCAACUAUUACUUCCUUUUCCUCGUCAAUUAUCUUUCGAAAAUUAUUUUUGUAAUUAAUCAAUUUAGUUAUACUCU